AUGUCCUCUAAUCAACCGGUACUUCCACAUGCGGUUAUCGCUCUGAAUGCAUCUGAACUCAACAUCGACCAAGAGCAAUGGGAUACCAAAAUAUCCACUUCGUGGUUGAUGAAUUCAGUUCAGAGUAGCCUAACUAGUAAUGUCUUAUUCAAGAAGCACACUCAAAUAUGGCGAAAUCGUGGUAGACAGAUCAACACCGUCGAAGACCUUCUACUAUCUUAUUAUUCUACUGUCACCGUUGUGCGAAUCCCUGCCAAUGGACGACCUAAGUUGAUGAAGGACCAAGUAGAAAAGCUGUACGGUCAAAUUAUGAAGUCCACGGAAGCAGCCAGAAAGUCGAAGCGUGACCUUCGUAUGCUCCUUGAUGGAGGCGAGCUCCAAACCUAUCUUCAAUUUGCAUUCGACCACUUUUCGAGCAAUCUAGACCAGGCUUUUGAUUUCGUUCAAGCUUCGUUCAUCUACAAUCCUAUACCGUCUGAUUUUGCAGGCAAUAUACUCAAGCUUGCUGUUGGCAUGAUGGAGAGAUGGGAACACGAGCUCGAUGGAAAAGCAAUUUUCACUGAACUAAGUCAUAUGGUUGCUUCUUGUAUUAUGCUGGACUCUGCCAGGAACAAAACUCGAGGAUCAGCCGAGCUUAUAUUUCCCGAAUAUGUCGACUCCUGCGACAAUGCGCUCGAAGACUUUUGUGAUCGAUAUUGGCCUUGCGAAUACGUCAUGAAAGUUAAAACCAAACGUGGCAAAGAGGUUGGGGGAAGAUGCGUGAAUGUUCGCAGUGGACACGGAUCGAAAGGACAUCAAUUUAAGAACGGGAAGGUCAUUGCCGUCGGUAACUACGAGUCUAGCUUCUCCGCAGAAUCGUUCCAAGAAGUGUUCCGAUAUCUCGUGUUUACUUUUUUGAAAGAACUUCUCGGGGAGCUAAGAAAAACUAAAUUUACUUCCCAGCCUGAAGAUAAAGUUGCUGCACAGAUACACAAGACUCAGGUUAUGCGGCCCUUCUAUACGCAUGUCAAUCGAGGGAUGCCUCCAAUUCUUGGAAGCCACUCAGCAUGCUUCUGCUGCCUCAUGGCAUCGCCCGAACACGCUUUACCGUGUGGACAUGUACUAUGUACCGCGUGUUUAAUUGAGUAUGGUCAACGAGAAGAGAGGGACGCGAUUGAAAUUACAUCCUGCCCCUUGCAUUCUGGGAGAACUUUUAGGUGGAUGGUGUUUUUGAAGCCUGAAGCUGCAGGAGUGAGAGUUCUUACACUGGAUGGGGGUGGUAUUAGAGGCAUUGUGGAACUGGAAAUUCUUCGCCUUAUCGAAAACGUAUGGGGUGGUGGGCUGAGGAUACAAGACUUCUUUGAUCUGAUCGUUGGCACAAGUACUGGAGGCUUGAUUGCGCUGGGGCUGGCUGCUAAAGAUUGGACCGUCGAAAAUUGCAUUUACCAUUUCACAGACCUUUGUGAAAAAGCCUUCACACGUCGUGUCGGUAUGAAUAUCCCAGGAAUGAGUAUGCUCGUCGAAAGCCUGCAUCACAGCAAGUAUGAGACAGCACCACUCCAACAGGCAUUGCAGCAAGCAUUCUCACCAGAUGACUAUUUAUUCGGAGGGCCUCGUGAAACAAAUCAUCGUACCAAGGUCGCGGUGACAGCAACGAAUUCCGGGUCUGUUUCUGUGCUUGCAAACUACAACAGAAACUGUGCUCAGAAAGUGCCAUAUUCUUUCCAGAGACCUGAGAAACUUACUUCAGAGCUUAAAAUAUGGGAGGCAGCACGAGCGACAUCGGCUGCGCCUAGGAUUUUCAAGCCAUUCUCACACGAGCCGUCGAAACAGGUUUAUGUUGAUGGCGCGGUCUACCAUAACAACCCAAUUCACAUUGCCGAUUUGGAGCGCAGGCUUUUGUGGCCUAGUGACGGGCACAGUGUCCCGGACUUUGUUCUGUCCAUCGGAACUGCUUACAAUCCGAAUUCGCGAAAGAAGUUGAUUGAGAAGUCUUCCAUGGUGAACGUUGGUAUCUUCGGACAUGCUAAAUCUUUGGCAAGUCUAGCAAUGGAUCAUAUUAGGUCUAGCUUGGACUCAGAAAAGACGUAUCAAGACUUCAUACUGCAGAUCGGCCUUCCCAAAGAAUACAGUGAUCGAUACCAGCGGAUCAAUCCUCUCAUUCUCGAAGAUCCACCCGCAUUGGACGAUGUUCAUCGAAUGAAGGACUUACAGAGUACCGUGCGAAAGCAGAUGACGAACGACACAUCAAUUAUCAGUGCUGCGUAUCGACUUCUUGCAACAAGCUUCUACUUUGAAAAGAUAAGUCCUAUCAUCCCACAAGCAAACGGUUCGCUACUUUGUACUGGGAUGAUAAGGUGUAGACUCCCGAGAGCCACCUUUGCGGAUCUUGGUCGAUUUCUAGGGACCUCUCAUGAACGAUCCGAGGGACCAUACUUUGUUAUCCGUGAAAGAAAUCGUCCUCAAGAUGCACAACAAGUCUUCAUUACGCCAGAAACUUUAACAAAUUUGAUAUUCAAACGCAAAUGGCAUAUGAACUCUAUUCAGAUACAUGUGUCGAACCCUAUAGCUUUGACGGAGAUUGUUCUUUGCAUCAAGAAGAAUGAGGAAUUCCCUAUUAGUGGCUUCCCUCGUACGCUACAAGAGGAAGAUCUCCGAUCAAUUGGCAUGCGAAACCGACCGUCCACAGCUAAUCAACGCUGGCGAAACCGCACGUUAAGUCAGCAGAAUCGACGCAAGAAAUGGAUCGAACCAACCACUCCAACAGCCCUACUAAAGUCGAACGCCAACAUAAACACGCUAUCCAGCUACGCGAUGCCGAAUUAUGUUGUCGGUAACUCAACGCCACAAGCUCUUGCUGAUACACGAGAACGUCUAGGACACGACCUUGCGCCUCCACCUGUAGAAUUAUCAGCAGUUGAGGGCUUGAUAUAUGAAAUGGCUGAUACCUCUCAGCCCGUCGAGAUGGAGGGGUCGAUACCUGUGGUCAACCACCAGCCUAUUCAGACAGUCCAGCAGGAUGAAUCAGAACCGAGCCCAUAUGCUCUUCCUCGGCGACCGCCUAGAGUAUAUCCACAUAUAGAACCAGAACGUGAACCGCGUCUUGAAGAUUGGCCGAUACCACAAUUUGAUUCUGGUGCAAAUCCACAACCACAAGGUCCAGCCAUACUCACAAUUUCUAGUCCACGCCAAACACUAGACCGAAAUAUAGAAGGGAACGAGUUCUUCGUCCAACACAGCCUCCACAAUCCUCGCACCAUAGCCGAACCACGACUGGCGCCUCCAGAUCGAACCUCGAAUUCUUUUUUCGUCGGCCAGCGACUAUCGCCGGGAGUCUCUCCGCUCUCUCCACCAGGUCCAUCCAGUCCACCCAGUCAAAACCGACAAUCGCCUCCUAAUCGUACCUCAGACCCUUCCUUCGUCAACCACCGACUAUCGCAGGGAGUCUCUCCACCCAGUCCACCCAGUCCACCCAGUCCGCCAACUCAACUACGACAGCCGCCAUCAAAUCACACACUUGCAUCGCACGCAUCAACGGAGUCGACGGGCUCACGCUACACAGCGGAUUCGCGGCUCGAUAGAAGCGAGGGGACGGCUUCUUCUUCAACGCCUACUUUUGGGUCGAUACUGGGGGAGACGGGGAGUGCGGACGCGAGCGCGAGUAAAGGGAAGGAGAAAGGUAAGGAGAAGAGGGGGAAGUUUAGACAGAUGUUUUCAUGA